CUCCAUCCAAGCCUACUCGCCAGCUCCUAGGGCCGCCAGGGACGUUGCGACCGAUGCCGUCCGCUGACACCUUCAAGAAGCUCUUCAACAUGGCCGGCUUCUUUUUCGCCUUCCAACUCGCGAAGCAUCUGAACGAGUCACGCGCCCCGAGCAACACCACGACGCCAGCAGCUGCUCCGACCGGCGCCACAAUCGCGUCGCCGUCUGCAGGCGGCUCCUUGAACCUCACGAGCUUGCUGAUGAAUGGCCUGCGCCAAUCCAAGACGCAGAUCGCCUCCAAACUCGAGUGGUUCACCGAUUACGAGAACAUCGCCAAUCCAACGACGUGGCUGAUAUUGAUUGCGUGGUUUGCAGCCGGCGUGCUCCUCGGCAAAUUCCGGAAUGGGACACUAUUCGCGAGCAGAGCAUCCACCGCCGACACGUCCGCAGCGGCGCCGGCCCAAGAAAAGAGGGCCAAGGGCUCGGCGAAGAAGAAAAAGGCGUAGACGACUUUCGCGCGACGCGGCGACGUGAGCAACAUUAGCGGAGCGUGGUGACGGCCGCGGCGAGAGCGGAACACGGACGACGCUUGCAUCGCGCGUCGGCGUGUCGAUCCGGUGCAGGAAAUACGUGUGCACAUGCGUCCGGGGUUUAUACAUGGAUAGGGAACACGCCCUGAUGGCGCACGGAUACGACCCGAAGCCGCCACCGCACGUGUGAGCGCCUCAGGUGAAGGAGAGAAGCUCGCUCCGUGUCUGUGUGGUGUGAUGUGAGCGGUCCUCGGUCGGCGUAUACAGUAUGGCUGUCGUGUGAGGUGCUGUGUAGCUGUGUGCAUCCACCAGUGCGCACAUGCGCAUGCACACAACAU